AUGGCUGAUGGCAAUCAGAACAGCUCCUUCAAUCAAAGCUCAGAAUAUGGAAAUGUCUACAGGCCGCAGACAGUUUUCAGUGUCUUGACCUUCACCCUGCUGGCCAUGCUUGUUGUAGCUACUUUUAUUUGGAACAUGCUUGUCCUAGUCAUAAUUCUCCGAGUAAGAAUAUUCCACCGUGUUCCCCACAAUUUGGUGGCCUCCAUGGCCAUAUCUGAUGUUAUGGUGGCUGCUCUGGUGAUGCCUCUCAGUCUGGUACAUGAGUUGAAUGGUCGGAUCUGGAAGCUGGGCCAAGCUCUCUGCCAAGUCUGGAUAUCUUUUGACGUCCUGUGCUGUACGGCCAGCAUUUGGAAUGUGACCGCAAUAGCCCUUGAUCGUUACUGGUCUAUAACACGCCACCUGGAGUACACCCUAAAGACCCGCAAGAAGAUCUCCAAUGUAAUGAUUGGCUUGACUUGGCUGCUUUCAUCUGUUAUUUCCCUCUCCCCACUGUUUGGCUGGGGUGAGACAUAUUUAGAAGAGGGCAUGGAGUGCAAGGUGAGCCAGGAGCCAUCUUACACCAUCUUUUCUACAUUUGGGGCCUUCUAUUUGCCUCUCUGCGUUGUGCUUUUUGUCUACUGGAAGAUAUACAAAGCUGCUAAGUUCCGUAUUGGAUCAAAGAAGACCAACAUCAUCACUCCAGUAGCAGAGGCUGGAGAGGUAAAAGAGGCAUGUAGGCAACAGCCUCAGAUGGUGUUCACUGUGCGCCAUGCCACCGUGACCUUCCAGACUGACAGUGAGACGUGGAGAGAGCAGAAAGAGAAGAGAGCAGCUCUGAUGGUGGGCAUUCUCAUUGGUGUGUUCGUCCUCUGCUGGAUCCCAUUUUUCCUCACCGAGCUCAUCACCCCUCUGUGCUCCUGCCACAUUCCGCCGAUAUGGAAGAGUGUCUUCCUCUGGCUGGGUUACUCCAACUCCUUCUUCAACCCGCUGAUUUAUACAGCCUUCAAUAAGAACUACAAUAAUGCUUUCAGGAACCUCUUCUCCCAACAGCAUUAA